AUGUCGUUGUCCACUACACUCAACUUGUGGCCCACCCAGAGCUACGUUACGGUCAAUUUUCGACCCCCCACUUUCGAUAUUACGAAGACGGGAGAAACUCAACCAGGCUUGAUUCUCAUCAAUCCAGUUCUGAAUCACUUGGAUAAGUCGGAUCUCAACGCCGCAGUCUCCGCCGUUGGAUCUGUUCAAGCUAGUGCAUGUGGAAUUUUUACUGAGGAUGGGCAACUUGUGUGGCAGGGCCCAUAUGCUUUUGCUGAAGAUUCCACGCAUCUUCCCUUGUUUAGUACGAAUCUUAUGGUUCAAGAGUACAUGGGCAAACCUGUGUUGACAUACUGGCAAGGUGUUCGUAAAAGCCACGGUGUUGCAUAUGGAAAUUUCACCAUACUGGAUGAUACCUACACGCCAAUCACAACGAUCUGUCCAAAAUUAAAUCUUAUCACUCCACCAAGUGCCAAUUUGACGGAUCUCGCAUGUUUUGGCGAUUCCCACGAAUUAUUUAUUACACCUUCAAACACCCUAAUUGUCAGUGCAGGCAACGUUACCACUAUGGACCUUAGCCCAAUUGGCGGUCCAAGUGUUGGCUAUGUGUACGACUCUCAGUUCUACGAGAUUGACAUUGCAACCGGUGAUAUAAUUUUCAGCUGGAGUUCUAUUGCCUCUGGUAUUCCUAUCACAUACUCCAAAAUUAUACCAGGCGUUAACUCUGGAACUGGUUUAAAUUCGAGUGAUCCUUUCGACUGGUUCCAUAUCAAUGCUGUAUCAUCUGUUGGAGAUGGAUAUCUUGUUAACAGUCGUCACUGCUGGGCUACUUGGUAUCUCAAUAGUGCCGGUGAGAUUCAAUGGCGAAUUGAGGGCAACAACACCGAGGGACAAAGUGAUUUCGUGGUUCCUAAGGAAGCAAACUUUGAAUGGCAACAUCAUGCUCGCAUCAGCAAUUACACCAACACAAGUGCCGUCCUUCACUACUUUAACAACCACUUCAGUGAAUUUUCAGAUGAAAACGUAGCCAGCCAAUCCAAUGGUCUACAACUCUCUCUUAACCUUGUAGACAAAACUUUAGUCGUGGAAAAAAUUCUCAACGAUUCUGCCUACAAUGAUUUCAGCGGUUCUCAAGGAGCAUUCAGCCCACUCGACAAUGGCAAUACAUUCAUGGGCUGGGGUGCCAUUACUCGUCUUACUGAAUUCGGUCCCGAUGGUAAUGAUGACGUUCGUCUACGAAUCCAAUUCGGCUAUGAUAAUACCGCCAAUUCAUAUCGCGCCUACAAACAAUCCUGGAAUGCGACGCCACCUUGGAAUCCAGAUGUCGUAGGAGUUAACGACACCGCAUACAUGAGUUGGAAUGGAGCAACCGAUUAUACGGCUUGGGUUAUAUAUACAGGGACUAGUGAGAGCAAUCUCGUGGAAGUGGCUACUGUUCAGAGAGGCAAUCUUUUCGAAACUAGCUAUCCUAUUAGUAGUGAGGCUCAGUAUUUGAAGGUUGCAGCGUAUGCUGGAAGUACUUUUAUGAGAAAUUCGUCACUGGUUACUGUGGAGCCUUCUUAUUAG